CAAAAGAAAACAUAAAAAAACACCCAAAAAUGUUAACUCCAUCCUUCCAAUUGGAACAAAACGACAUUUUUUUGUUUGUUAAAAUUAAAGCUCCCUAUUGCAAAAUUGUGGAUGCUGAAGUAAUUUAUGGGGACAGAGAAUUUGUUUUUAAUGCUUCUCCCUAUUUUUUGCGGUUAUUUUUGACUGGAGAUGUUGUUGAUGAUGAGACGGGGACUGUAGAAUAUAACAGUGAAAAUGGAGAAUUCACUAUUUGUAUACCAAAAAAAUCUAAAGGCGAAUUUUUCCCUCGGUUGGAAAUGUUGAGUGAAUUAAUUAAACCACAACAACAAACAUUACCUACAGCAAAAUCCCCUAUUGAAAUAAUUAAUUCGAGAAAAAAUAAAAUAAAUGAAGUUGAGGGUUAUUCACAAAGUUCAGAAGAGGAGGAAGGAGAAGAUUCUUUAAUUAAUGAUGAAUCCCUUUUUGCCAAACAAACACUGUGUUGUCCAGAAACCACCAAUUUAACUGAGAAUAGUCAAUUUGGUUAUGGUUUUGGUUGGGUACGUACUGAUGUUUUGGGUAAAUUCAAAGAAGAAAUUGUCGAUUUAAUUGAUUUGGAUGAUCCGGAAAAUGUUUUAAUUGAAGAAAGAAGUCAAAAAUUAAAACAAUUUGAUGAAAAACAUUUUUCUGAACAAUAUUAUUUGGCAGAUUUAUUUUCUCAAGAACAAUACCAACUCGAUGCUAUGGAAUUUUGUUUUGAUAAAAAUUGUGUAAAAUUAACUGAAGAAGAUUUUACAGAUUUGAAGGAUUUGAGAAUAAGAAAGUUGGAAAACUUUUCCAAGGAAAUUAAUGAAAAGAUUGCUCUAUCUUUGGUUGACAUUAUUUUUGGUUUUGCUUAUGAUUUUAGAACAACAUUGGGAGAACAUUCAGUAGAAUCUGGUUGGACAAUUUCUAAAUUAUCCCCUUCAUUAACUUUUCUUGUUCAAUGGUCAAAUAUACAAGAAGCAAUAUCUUCAACUAUUAGACAUUCUUUAGUGUUACCAAUGAUUAGAAAUUGGGAAUUGAGUUUGAAGGUUAUGCAAGAUGUUAGGACAAUUAUAGAAAAUGGUAAUAAUUGUUUUUAUAGAAACAUUGAUGUUUAA